UUGGAGUCGGCCGCGCAGAUUUCUGGGACUUGAAGUCCGCGGCCUAUUUACCCAAGUUAGAGCUAGGGGCCUGUGGAAACAUGAAGAGGGUCAAUAGCUGUGUGAAGAGCGACGAGCAUGUCCUGGAGGAGCUGGAAACAGAAGGGGAGAGGCAGCUGAAAAGCCUCCUUCAGCAUCAACUUGAUACCUCUGUCUCCAUCGAGGAAUGCGUAUCUAAGAAGGAGAGCUUUGCUCCUGGUACUAUGUACAAACCCUUUGGAAAGGAAGCAGCUGGGACUAUGACUUUGUCCCAGUUCCAGACUCUGCAUGAGAAGGACCAAGAGACUGCUUCUCUCAGGGAACUAGGACUCAAUGAAACAGAAAUCUUGAUCUGGAAGAGCCAUGUUUCAGGUGAAAAGAGGACAAAACUUAGGGCAACCCCUGAAGCAAUACAGAACCGUCUGCAAGACAUUGAAGAAAGGAUCUCAGAACGUCAGCGCAUCCUUUGCCUGCCACAGAGAUUUGCAAAAAGCAAACAGCUGACCCGGCGAGAAAUGGAAAUAGAAAAUUCUUUAUUUCAGGGAGCUGAUCGUCACUCCUUCCUCAAGGCUCUUUAUUACCAAGCAUACCACAAAAAGACAAGUGCAGACAAGUACAUGACCUCAAUGAAGAGGAAGAUAAAAUUAGGCACAAAAGAUGAACCCCAAAAGAAGAACAAAGGUGAUCCCAUGAACAACCUGGAAAGUUUUUACCAAGAGAUGAUAAUGAAAAAACGUCUUGAAGAGUUCCAACUAAUGAGAGGUGAACCCUUUGCUUCCCACUCACUGGUCUCAGCUCCAUCAGUGGGAGAUAGUGGCACAGCUGAGAACCCGUCAUUACUCCAGGACAAGGGAAAACAGGCAGCACAGGGUAAAGGUCCCAGUCUCCAUGUGGCAAAAGUUAUUGAUAAUUCACCUGAGCAGUGUUGGACUGGGCCUAAGAAGCUGACGCAGCCAAUAGAAUUUGUCCCAGAAGAUGAGAUCCAGAGAAAUCGUUUGUCAGAGGAAGAGAUCCGAAAAAUUCCUAUGUUUUCUUCAUAUAAUCCAGGGGAGCCAAACAAGGUGUUAUACCUGAAGAACCUUAGCCCUCGGGUGACCGAAAAAGAUCUGGUCUCAUUAUUCGCUCGGUUCCAGGAGAAGAAAGGACCUCCGAUUCAAUUCCGAAUGAUGACUGGACGAAUGAGGGGUCAGGCUUUUAUCACCUUCCCCAAUAAGGAAAUAGCAUGGCAAGCAUUGCGUCUAGUAAAUGGAUAUAAACUACGUGGGAAGAUAUUGGUGAUAGAAUUUGGAAAGAACAAAAAGCAGCGGUCAGAUCUCCAGGCUGUUUCUCUAAUAUCUACUACAGAUAAUACUACAGAAAUCAGUGGUAGCUAGAAGAUGGAUAGAUUGUGAGUCCCAGAAGGUCUUUCUUACAUGAGAAUCUUGGAUCUAGGAUUUGUGUAUAGAUAGCAGUUUGUUUGGAAUUGAAGAAGAAUAACUGAGGGAAAAAAAACUAAGAUAAUCCCUUUCAGCUUUUAGAAAGAAUUGGUAGAAAACAUUUUCUAUAAUCGAAGACUAUAUAGGAUAGACAAUAUAAUGAAUGUGAAGGGUAGGGUACAGAGAGUAUCAUUUUCUCAGGAUAAAUUAUAAUGGAUUAUUUCCAAGGAUUCUUUUAUUCUUCAUAAUUUAUAUGAGGUCUUAAUUAUUUUUCCCUAGAGAUAACAUUCUUUCCAAGAUUGCCUCCUAUAUAUACAGAACUGAAAAACUAUUUAAAUGUUGAAAUAUUUAUUUUAUAGAGCCAUUUGCCCCUAACUUUCUUCAUCUAGUAAAUAAAUGACCAGGACCCCAGGCCUAAACAUUCAACAAAUGCUAUUAAAUGAGAACUAUCAGCAGUAACAGUAAGUAGUUUUCAUAAGCUAUUUAACAUAGUUAAUGAACACUUCCCCAUUGAGUUAUAAAUGUUUUCAAAAAAGCUAUAUAUUUUUUCUAAUGAAAGAAUUUAGGUCAAAAUAUUAAUGUUCUCACAGUCAUUUAAGCUAGCUACCAUUGAGUAACUGUUGAAUUCAAAGCAAUAAACAUUGAAUCAUUAUCUCAUAUAUGUUAGAGGUUAGAUCUAUGAAUUUUAGAAGAGGAACAUACUAGCAAAGAAUACUAAAGGGGGGAUAAGAAGAAAGAGCUCUCUAGAAGAGAGGCAGCCAGCCCUAAAUCUCCAAUUGAAGGAGACUAGAAAGAUAAUAUGAUACAGAGGAAAUAGUACAAACUUUGGAGUCAUACCUGUUUGAACUUAGCCAUACUUAUCACUCUGUGACCUUGGCAGGUCACUUAAUCUGAGCCUCAGUUUUCUCAUCUAUAAAAUUGAGGAUGAUACUACUACUUACCUCAUUGGUUUGUGAUGAUUAAAUGUGCUGAUUGUAUUCAGGUUAAAGAACAGAAGGAAAAAAAGAAUGAAAAAUUUAACAGGGUAUAGAAUCAUUAAGAACUGUAACAUACUUGUAAUGGAAAUAUCAGAGAAAGACAGGAACAGAAAAAAUAUUCCAAUAAAUAAUGAUUGUAAACAUCCCAAAUUUGAUGAGAAACAUUAUCUACACAUCCCAGGAAUCUCAAUGAACUCCAAGUAGGAUAAACAAGAAGAUAUCCACAGACACACCAUAAUAAGAAUGCUAAAACCCAAAGACAAAGAGAAACUUUUGAAAGCAACAUGAGACAAAUGAAGCAUCACCUACAAAGGCACCUCAAGAUUAACAGAUGACUUCCCAUCAGAAGCAAUGGGAGCACAUAUUCAAAGCGCGCAAAGAGAAAAAAACUGUCAAUAUAGAAUCCUAUGUUCGGUAAAGCUGUCUUUCAACGAUGAAGAUGAUUUAAAGACAUUCCCACAUAGUCAAAAACUGGGAGAAUGUGUUGCUGGCAGACCUGACUUACAGGAAAUAUUAAAGGAAGUUCUUCAGGUGGAAAGUAAGUGACCUCAGACAGUAAUUUGGAUCUACACAUACAAAAAAUUAGCACAGGUAAAGGUAAUUAUGUAAUUAUAAAAAGACAGUCGAAAUAAAUUUUCCUUCUCUUGAUUUAGAAAGCUAUUUUAUAAAACAAUAUGUAUUUUAGUUGCAUUGUUGGAUCUAUAACAUAUAAAGCUGUAAUAUACUUACCAAUAACAAGACAAAGGAAGUAGGUAGAAACAAAGCUAUAUUGGACUAAAGAAAUUACUCCAGAUGGUAACUUAAAUCCAUAAGAACAAAUGAAGAAAACAAGAAAUGGGAAAUAAGGUUAAUAUAAAAAGGCAAAAAAAUUUAUACUUGCUCUUUCACCUCUCAGCUUCUUCAAAAUACAUAAAAUUAUGUUAAGUGAUAAAUAUAAUGAAGUAUUGUUGGGUUUAUAACAUGUAGGAAUAAUAAUAACAAUAAUACUGCAAAAAGUGAGAAAAAGAAUAGGUUUAAAUAGGAAUAAGGUUUUAUAUCUCAUUGGAAUUUAGUUAGUAUAUAGUUGAAGUCAGUUAAGAUGUGUAUGGUAAGCCUUAGAGCAACCACUAAGGAAAUAACUAAAAUAUAUAUAGUGAAAAUAUUAAAGAAAUUUAAAUGUUACAUUAGGAAAUAUUCAAUGGGAAAGAAACCAAAAAGAGGAAUGGAGAAACAAAAACUUCAGACAUAUAGAAAAGAAACAGUACAAUGGCAGUCGUAAGUCCACCUACAUUAAUAAUAAUAAGAUGAAUGGAUUAAACAAUCUAAUCAAAAGGCAGAGAUCAUAAAACUGGAAAAAAACAAGACUUACUUCUUUGCUAUUUAUUGGAGUCACUGUAUUCAAAAAUACAGGGUGAAGGUUAAAGGUUAGAAAUAUCAGACAAAUGGCAAGUAUAAGAAUGCUGGAGUGACUGUACUAAUAUCAAACAAAUGGACUUUAAAACAAAAAAAAAGUUACUAUAGGACAAGAGUGACAUCUUAUAUUGAUAAAAGAAUCAAUCUAUCAGAGAUGUAGCAAUUAUAAACUUCUAUGCACCUUACAACAGAAUACCAAAAUACAUGAAUCAAAAACUGAAAUGGAGAAGUAUAAAAGCAUACAAUAAGAGUUGAAGAAUUAGGUACUAGACAAAAGAUGAAUGACAGACGAAAAGACUUGAACAAUGCUAUAAAUCAACUAGACCUUAAAGAGAAUUGUAGAACAAGUCUAAAAUAUAUAUCCUUCUCAAGUGCACCUAAAACACCUCCAAGAUAGACCAUGUCACAUACCAUAAAACAAACCUCAAUAAAUCAAAGUGGAUUGAAACCAUGCAAAAUACAUUCUCUGACCACAAGGAAUGAAGUUAGAAAUCAGUACAGAUUGUUGGGAAACACAAAUAUGAAUUAGAAUUAAACACUUUUAAAUGACCAAUGAGUCAAAGAAGGUAUUACAAAGUUAAUUUGAGGUGACUUAAAAUGAACAUACAACAUGCCAUAACUUAUAGGAUGCACCUAAACCAAUGCUUAAGAAUUUAUAAGUACGAAUGCCUACAAUUAAAAAGAAGGAUCACAUAUCAAUAACCUUACUUUAUACCUUAAAACACUGGAAAAGAGAAGGAAACUAACUAGAACAUGCAGAAGGAAGGAAAUAUGAAAAAUUAGAUAAAUGAUGUAGAGAAUAGAAAGUAAACUCAAUGAAACCAAAAGUUAGCUCUAUAUAAAAAGUAACAAAACUGACAAAACCUUUCACUGGAUUGACCAAGAGAAAAAGAAAAUUCAAAUUAUUAGAGUCAGAAAUGAAAGAGGGAACAGUGCUACCAACCUUAUAGAAAUCUUUUUUUAAUUACGAAGACACUAUGAACAGUUUUAUGCCAAUAAAUCAGGUAUCAGAUAAAAUGGGUGAAUUUCUAGAAAUACACAAACUACUAAAUCAAAUGGGCAAAGAAAAGCAUAGUCUCAAAUGGCUUUUAAGAUUAAUUCUAGCAAAUAUUAAAGAAUUAAUACAAAUUCUUUACAAACUCUUCCAAAAAGUAGAAGAGGAGGGAACAUUUAUAGUAUAUGCUAUAACAUGGAAGAACCCUGAAAACUUACUAGAUGAAAGAAGCCACUCCAAAGGACUGUAUGGAUUAUGAUUCUAAAUACACAGAGACAGAAAGUGGAUUAGUAGUUGCUUAGGGCUGGGGGUAAUAGCUGAAGUGUUUGGGUUUCUUGAGAACUUGAUGAAAAUAUUCUAAAAUUUGAUUGUGAUGAUGAUUGUACAAUUCUGAAUGUACUACAUACCAUGAAUUGUAUACUUUAAAUGGGUGAAUUUUAUGGUUUCUGAUUUAUAUUUUAAUAAAGUCACACAAAGUAUUGGAUACAGCCUAAAUGUCCAUCAGUAUGAGAAUGGCACAUCCAUUUCAGGAAUACUAUACAGCCAUUAAAAAUAAUGGGAGUAUAUCUAUGAAUACAUUCUGACCUGUAUGAUGUCCAGGAUUUCGUAUUAGGUUAAAAAGUAAAAUAUGUAUAUAAUGUGAAUACUUUUUUUUAUAAACAAAAGCAUUUGUAUGGGUAUGGUAUAUGUAUAUAUACAUAUUUCAGAGCAAACUUAGAAAAAGUUAGGAAAUAUACAUACCAAAUUGUGAACCUUUAGAGGUGGGAUUGGAUAGGCUGAAAGGGGAAUUUUGCUUUAUAAAAUUUUUAAAGUGUCAUUUGGGCUGAUUUUUACUUUUUCCGGUAUUUUUUAAAUAAAGAAAAUUUUAAUAUUCUGCCAGUGACUUGGCUUCCAGAAUAUUUGUCAGACCUGCUCUAAGGAUAUCAUCUAACUAUACUCAGGACAAACAACUAUUACUUUGAUGUACUGCUCACAUAGGAUUAACUCCAAUUUUAAAUACACUUUAAAGGGCAAGAAGUAACCUCUUGCACAUGUUACCCAGGAGCAUGGACUUUUCAGAAGGAACUUCUUGUUGGAUAUAAAAUCUCACCUCUGCCCUUUACUAGGCCUUCAGACCAUUACCAAUAGAGGAAAAUAAAAAUGGAGGAUGUCCCUCAACUGGUGCAUAGAUAAACUGUGAUAUAUCCAUACAAUGGAAUCCUAUUCAGCAAUAAAAACUAUAAUGUACAUGCAACGACUUGGAUGAAUCUCAAAUGCAUUUUGCUAAGUAAAAGAAGCCAAACUCAAAAGGCUACUUACUGUUAGAUUCCAUUUAUAUGAUAUUCUGGAAAAGACAAAACUAUGGGAAUAGAGAACAAAUCAGUGGAUGAUGGCUUAAAAAUGGGAGACAUUACAAAAUGGUACACAAGGAAUUUGUUUUAAUGGAAGUUUUCUGUAACUGGAUUAUAAUUACAUGAGUGUAUGCAUUUGUCACAACUCCUAGAAUUGUACACCAAAAAGGAUGAAUUUUGCUGUAUGUAAAUGUUUAAAUAAAUGUAACUUUUAAUGGAGGAAGGAAAAA